CUAAGGGGUUCAGCAAGCACAGAGGGCACGACGCUAGCGACCAUGGUGCUGUGGGAUCUGCCCGCGCUCAACGCCGGAACAGGCCUGCUCCUCAGCGCGCUUCUGCUCAUCUUGCUACUGAUUUUCCUAGUCAGGGAACAGAAGCAUCCCGCUCCCGGAUACCCUCCCGGUCCGAAGGGUCUGCCGAUAAUCGGCAACUUACACCAGGUCGAUCUGCGGAAACUCCACCUGUCGCUGCAGGAGCUGUCCAAGAUUUACGGGCCCAUCUUCUCGCUGCGCCUGGGCUUGGAUCCAGUGGUAGUGCUCAGCGGCUACGAGGCGGUGAAGGACGCGCUUGUCAACCGUGCUGAGGAAUUCAUGGGGCGACACCAGCACAAAAUAACGCAAAAAGUCAGGCAAAAUCACGGUAUUAUCUUUGGCGAGGGCGAGUCCUGGAAGCAGAUGCGAAGAUUUACCAUCUCCACCCUGCGGGACUUCGGCAUGGGCAAGCGGAGCAUUGAAGACAGGAUAUUGGAAGAGGCGUCACACCUGAGGGAUCUAAUCCAGUCCUUCGAAGGUCGCCCCUUCGACGCCACUAUCCCCAUGAACUGCACCGUUGCCAAUGUCAUCUGCACGAUCGUGCUCGGAAAGCGAUUUAAUUAUGAGGAUGAAACGUUUGUGACCCUCAUCAAACUGGUGAAUGAAAACGUCCAGCUGGUUGCAUCUCCUCUGGUCCAGGUGAGGUCCAAGAGUCGUAGCAUAACAGAGCACCACAUGCAGCAUUGAGAUCAUACAGUCCGUCUGUAUCUAUUGUUCAGCCUGUUUCCACCGACUCGCACCCGGAACAUAGGGCUCCAUUCCUGUAACUAUCCAAAUUCCCUUUAAAUGCUGAAAUCUAACCCCCAUCCACCACUCCGUUGGCAGCUUGUUCCGCACUCUCACCACCCUCUGACUGAAGAAGUUUCCCCAUGACCCCUGGUGCUAGUCUCACCUAUCCACAGUGGGAAAAAAAUUUCAUUUACCCUGUCUAUACCUCCCAAGUCUCUGCCCUAAGGAAUAAAGUCCUAACCUAUCCAACCUUUCCAUAUACCUCGGGUCCUCAAGUUCCAGCACCAUCCUUAUAAAUGUUAUAUCUACUCUUUCAAUCUUACCUACACCUUUCCUGUAGGUAGGUGACCAGAAGUGAAAACAAUAUUUCAAAUUAGGCCUCAUUAGAGUCUAACAGGACUUCAGCAUAACGUCCCAAAUCCUUUUACUUGUCUCUGACCCGAGAGCCCAGCCUAUUUCUUCUGUCCCCAAAUCGAAUCAAGGAACUCUCUGACCCCAACACCUAAACUAUCUGACCAAGCCUGCUACUGAUCCCGACCCUCAACACCUACCCUAUCUCCGACCGCCAACCCCUACCCACUCCGACCACCAACCCCUAUCCUACCCUACAUCCGACCCCCAAACCCUACCCUACAUCCGACCCCCAAACCCUACCC